CGACCACAAUCGAAUUUCAAAUGAAAACAUUCACCAAAUUCUGGACUUUCCAGAAAAGUGCCUCGUUUGUUGGUUUAUAUCCUUUUUCUGCCCUUUUUACCGUCCCACAACGCAACAUGGCUGUGCAGCGUGUGAAAUUAGCUUUGAUUGAUCUCAGCGGAACGUUACACGUGGACGAUCAACCUACCAUGGGAGCAGUGGAAGCGCUGAAAAGGCUUCGACAGCAUGGUGUACAAGUGAAAUUCGUUACCAACACGACGAAGGAAAGUGUCGGCUCGCUGUACGAUCGGUUACGUAAAAUAGGAUUCGAACUGCAGCGGGAUGAGAUUUACGGUUCGCUAGGGGCGACGGCCGAGUACGUGAGGAGAAACAACCUCAACCCGUACUACCUGCUGACGGACGAUGCCCGCACCGAUAUGCCUCCGAACGAUCCGGAACGUGCGCUCGACUCGGUCGUGGUUGGGCUGGCGCCGGAACGGUUCUGCUACGAGCAUCUGAACGAAGCGUUCCGUGUGCUGCACCAGCGAAGCGUCAAGCAGGAAGUUCAGCUGGUGGCCGUACAUGAAGGACGUUACUACAAAGCGAAGGAUGGGAUCGCACUCGGCCCUGGGUGCUUUGUGAAAGGGCUGGAGUAUAGUACGGGCGUGCCGGCAGUGUGUAUUGGCAAACCGAACGAAUACUUUUUCCGCUCUGCCCUGCCGGAUGGCAUCGAUGUGGCCGAGUGCGUCAUGAUCGGGGAUGAUCCGAAUGAUGAUUGUCUCGGUGCGAUGCGCAUCGGAAUGAAGGGCUACCUGGUGGAGACGGGGAAAUAUCAACCGGAAAAAUACACCGACGAAGAUCGCCCCGCGGUCAGUGGAAUCUUCCCAACGUUCAGUGAUGUGGUGCAGCACAUUAUCUCCAGUUCGGCGGAACAAUAAUUUUCGACGGCGCGGAGGAAUUGCUUGUAAGUCAUAACCCUUAGUAGAUUAUUUAUUGAAGCAAUCUUGAAAAAAAAGCAUGAAGGCAGUGAA